CUCGCACCGCCCCUAAUGCGAGUGUCCAGCCCCCUGCCGCACAGUCGCCCCUCCCACGGAACUGCAAGUCUGGAAUUAGCAGAUGCUUCCCAAGAUGGCACGAGUGCUGAAGGUGGCGGCCGCGAGCGCCGCAGCACAAUUGAAUUUCAUGGUGAUACACUGAGUCCAAAGAACUGGAGUCUCCAAGGAGAACACGAGCACCAGUUGGGACAGUGUGUGGAGAAGACACAGAGCAAGAUGACGUCAGUAGUGGAUGUCUGUCCCCCACAGCCAGCAGAAAGACAUCAGUUCUCAAAAGAGGGAUGUCAACGGCAGUUCAAUUUUUCAGGGCUUUUCCCCAGACUUCGGACUCCAGUUUCAACAGUAAGAACUUCCACGUCGCUGUCUUCACAUCCAGGGGCUGGCCCUGUAUGGAACCUGGGUCGACUCAACCAUGUUGCAGUUGCAGUGCCAGACUUGGAAAAGGCCAGAGCAUUUUAUAAAAAUGUUCUGGGGGCCGAGGUGGGUGAGCCGGUCCCUCUUCCAGAGCAUGGAGUGUCCGUGGUUUUUGUCAACCUGGGAAACACCAAGAUGGAGCUGCUGCACCCACUGGGAAGUGACAGUCCAAUUGCAGGAUUCCUAAAGAAAAACAAGGCUGGAGGGAUGCACCAUGUCUGCAUUGAGGUGGAUAAUAUAAAUGUGGCUGUGAUGGAUUUGAAAGAAAAGAAGAUUCGUGUUUUAAGUGAAGAGGCCAAAAUAGGAGCACAUGGAAAACCAGUGAUCUUUCUGCAUCCCAGUGACUGUGGUGGAGUCCUUGUGGAAUUGGAGCAAGCCUGAUGGAUAAUCCACAAGAACCUGAUCACCCUGAAAAAGCCUUAUCACAGGGUGCUUCAACAUCGAGUCUUUCACUGCUUCUGUCACUUAGAAGUCAGAACUAAGUUACGGAAAGAGAUUUUUUAAAUUAUAUGUGUGUAUAUACAUGGAUACACACACAAAAUAUUUGCUGAUUAUGUUGGAUUCUUUUUUCUUGAUUUGGAGAAAACUUUGACUACUGAAUACUUCUGGAAUAUUAUUAAAGUCAUAUUCAUAGAAAUAAAUUAUUCCUUUUCUGAAA